AACGCUUCUGCGUUGUCGGCAGUUGGUGAAAAAAUCAUAAAAAUUCCCUAAAAAUCCCGAAUGUCAUGGGAAAUCCCGGAAUUUUCAGUGAUAAAUUGAAUUUUUUCACGGAAAUUCGCAAAUAAGGGGAGCUUCGUCUAGUAAUUUUCGCAAAACUCUUCGAAAACUAACGAAUGACGUCAAAGCAAAAAUAAAUAAUUGGUCCGGCAUUUGAAUUCACUCCAUUUUUCGCUGGAAAUCUCUAAAAGUACACAAAAAAUGGGCGAUUUGACGCACCUGAAGACCAUCGAUUGCAUGCAAGGCGCUGUGAGAGCUGUCAGAUUCAACGUUGAUGGAUCGUAUGCGUUGACCUGCGGCAGUGACAAAAAACUCAAAUUAUGGAAUCCGAAGACUGGAUUGCUGCUGAAAACGUAUUUUGGGCACGGAGAUGAGGUCUUGGAUGCGCAGGGAAGUUGCGAUUCGUGUCAUGUGGUGUCAGCGAGUAAGGAUAAAAGCAUCAUUUAUUGGGAUGUGAGUACGGGACAACCUCUGAGGAGGCUUCGAGUGCAUGCGGGAACCGUAAAUUGCGUGAGAUUCAACGAAGAUAGUUCGAUUGCGGUAUCAGGAUCAACUGAUAAUACGGUCAUGUGUUGGGACAUUCGAACGCGCAAAAAUGAGCCAAUUCAAGUUAUGAAAGACGCCAAAGACGCAGUUCGUUCGUUAAUUGUCACAGAAGCGAAAAUUAUCACCUCCAGUCUUGAUGGGGCGAUCAGAACUUAUGACAUUCGAAGCGGGGAACUCACUACAGACACAAUCGGGGAGCCAAUAACUCACAUUACGAUCACCAAAGACCAGCAAUGUGUCUUAGCGGCGUGUUCUGACAGUACAAUUCGUCUAAUUGACACCGAUUCGGGCGAUUUGCUUCAAGAAUUUCGCGGACAUGAAACGGAUUCGUUCCAUAUUGAAUGCGGCGUCAUCGAAAAUGACACAAAAAUCAUCUCAGGCUCUUGUAAGGGGUACGUUCACGUCUGGGAUUUGCUUCAAGGGAAGGAAAUCAAUAAAAUUCCCAUUGGAACGCACGUGAUUCACUCGCUGGCAACACAUCCAACUGGCAAAGAAAUACUUUUCGCGCGAAAAAAUGAGAUUCAACUAUGGGGACCUCCAGAAUAACUUCGAUUUUCU